ACAACCAGUCAUUGAUGUUUGUGAGAAGGACUCUUUAUUUGUUGCUCUGAUUGUCCAUAAUCGGCAUUCACAAAUAAGGCAGAUGAUUGUUGUUCUUUGUCAUCAAUGAAGAGCAUUUGUCUCUCCUUUCAUUCAUGUGUUAUGUGAUAACCAAGGAAGGCUGGUCAUAGUAGUGUUUGUAUCAACUGUGGAGAUUUUAACUGCAGGAUUUUGGAUAGAUAAUUUGACUGAUUUUCACUGGAGAAUACGUAAGAGCCAUGAAUGAAAACUUCCAUAGUGGUCAUUUCUGCUGUGAGCAGUGUGACAAAGCACUGAGUGGACAGAGUUACAUCUUAAAAGAAGAGAAACCAUUCUGUGUGGCUUGCUACGAUAACUGCUUUGCUAAUGAAUGUGCUGAAUGUAACCAGAAGAUUGGACAUGAUAGCAAGGAUCUCAUUUUCAAGUCGAAGCACUAUCACGAGACAUGCUUUGAAGCCCGCUACACAUGUUCUAUGUGUAAGGCAUCUCUUGCAGACAAGGCCUUUGGUAACUGGGAUGGACAACUCUGCUGCCUCCAAUGUUACGAGAAGAACUUGGCAAAGAACUGUCAAGCAUGUGGAGAAUUAAUAAAGCCUGGAAUGAAACGUCUUGGUUUCCAAGGCAAGGAAUGGCAUGACAAGUGUUUUAGAUGCAAGGUUUGUGACAAACAUAUUGGAGGAGGUAGCUUCGUACCCAAGGAAGACAAUAUCUACUGCAGUUCAUGCUACGAGGAGACCUUUGGUACUAAGUGCGCUGGCUGUGGCAAGAUCAUCUCUACCGGUGGACUUCAGUAUAAGAAUGAGCCUUGGCACAGAGAAUGCUUUGGUUGCGCUGAGUGUGGCAAGUCUCUGUACAAUACUCGCUUCACUGUCAGAGAUGAUAAGAGACUCUGUGCUGAUUGCUUCGGAGAGAGGUACGCUAGGAAGUGUUCGGAGUGCAAGCAACCCAUCGUUGGUCAAGGUGGAACUAAAUAUGUCUGCUUUGAGCAGAGGAAUUGGCACAACAAAUGCUUCAACUGCAAACGUUGUCAAGUCUCACUGGUCAAUGAGUGCUUUGUGACGGAAGGAGAAGAUAUUAUUUGCCCUAACUGUGCACAAGGCUAAAGAAGAAGUACUUCCUGAAACCUGGCCCACCUUACCCCCUCCCCUACCCCUUGCCGUACAAUCCCUCCCACCCUAUACCCCCACACCCAACCUUUAGGCCCCACCCUUAUUAUGUAGUAAUUCAAUCAGAAUAUUAAUUGCUAGUUUAUCAUUUCUGCCACAUUUUCCAUCAUUUAUUCUUUUGACCAUAUUUCAGACAUGAAUUUAAUGAAUGGCAGUGGAUUGAAUUCUGUUGUAAUCAUUGAAGUUUAUGAUAAAACUUUUGGAUUAAUUCACAAUUUUUUUUUCCACCCAAAGUGUUGAAACAUCAAUUUGGUUUUAAACCAACUAUCCAAUUUACUCCAACAAUGCAUGUACAUGCUAAAUAUACAUUUGAAGAAUACUCAGUUUGAAUGAGCAGUGAAUAUAUACAUAAUUGCUUUAUUGAUCAGUAGAAUUUUCAGAUGUUUUUGUCAAACAUCACCAGACAAUGAAAAAAAAUACAACGUGAAGCAAUAUAUGCAUUCUGCCCCAACAAAAGUUUUUGUAUGGUUUGAAAAUUAAAUGAAUGAAAUUCAUACUGGCUUUACCUCUAAUGUGAUGAAAAUUUGGUCAUUUCCUUUUUGAUCAUUUAAUUAUUUCAAAAAAUAUGAGAGAUGGAUAUGAAAAGUACUGCAUGGAGAUAAGGUAGGCGGUGGUUGACGCUAUUAUUGGAUUUGAAAUUUCUUUUCAAUUGAGCUCUUGUAUGCAUGCUUAUGAGUUAUGAUUUACAUCUUGUUUUGAAGUAGGAAUGAUAAACUAGCAUACCAGACAAAAGUAUAUAUAAUGAAAUAUUGACUCUAUCUAUAGUACUACCGAUCUUAAUAUUGUAGUUAUUACCGACAGUCUCUUUAUCUUGGACAAAAUUGAAAUAAUUCAUCUUUAAAUCUAUUUAUUUAUUGUUUAAUCAAUUGAACUUAUGUGACUGUGUCUGUAAUAGAGCAAAGAAAAAAUGAAAACAUGCCUUGGCAGUACUGUCUUGUUGGACUUUUUUAUGUCAAUAACACAAGUACUAUUUACUAGAUUGUUGUAUUUAUAAAAAAGUAAUAAAUCAUGAAAAAAAUAGAAUAAAUUAUGCAUAUGAUUUGAAGGAAAAUACUUUUAAAUAUAGUAUUUAUUACUGUUACUCCAUUGCAUAAUAUCUGCUUGAUGUAGGGAAAUGCAGAGAACAAAUCAUGUAUUCUUAUAUAUCUAGCUAAAAAUAUGCAGUGAUUUUUGUUGAUAGUGUAUGUUGAAUGAAGGAAAUGUACAUUUUGAUUAAUUUAUUAUGACAAUUGCUCACUAAAUAUUGCAAUUUAGUUUGUAGUAUGUUUAUGUUUUUAUGAAUUUUAAACUUUUUUUUGUUUUGAUCGUGAAGUGCAAAAACCAAUAUUGUAGAUAACUUAGUCUUUGUAUGAUAUUAUAUUUCAUUUUAAUGUUGUCAGUUAUUAUACUGACACACUGCAUAGCAGCAUUAUUGUGGAUGCAUAAGACUUGCAUUUAGUGGCAAAGAAUAAGCCAAGUUUUGCCUCACAUUACAACAAGCUUUUCUUUCAUAACUUCUUGCCUGACACUAUCAAACAAUUACAUAACAGGCAUUGUAAUAAACUUAUUGUUGUCAUCUUUUUAUCUAAUUUUAAACUGAUAAAAUGAACUUCUUCAUGUACAGAGAAAUAUCUUAAUCUUCAACUCUUUGAUAUUUCAAUUAGAUUUUUAUAUACUUUAAGAUAAAAAUCAUACAUUUUUUUUCUUUCUAUCAAUGAAAUUGUAAAUAGGAUAUGUUUAGUUUAUUAGACAAGUAAUAUUACCUACACAACUGGUUAAGAAAAAGUCAUCUGAUUUUGAAUGAUCUCUUCUUACAAUAUAUGUAGCUAUAUACAAAUCAACAUUUCACAGUAAAUUGUGCAAAAGGAAUUUUAUUUGUUCACUUGCUUAUUUUCAAGAUUUCUUCAUUAAAAAUAAAACUAUAUUCCAUUCUAUUCUUCUAACGAUUUUUUUUCUGAAGAAAAAAAUGUUGCGGCAAGGAAAAUCACUGAACCAAGUCUUGCUGCAGUCACGCCAACGAGACCGACUCCAAACCGAUCGACGGUACGCCAUUCAAAAUAAUGUUAUUACUUUGAUCGGUCUAGAGUCAGUUUCGUGGCCUGACUGAAGUAUUAUUAGAAGUGGGUUUUAUGAUGUUACUGUAUUUAUUACAGCAAUACAACAUUAUUGUAUCAAUGUUACAAUAUCAGAAUUUGCUUUUUUAUAGUGAUAGAUAUGAUCAUUUCUGAUUCCUGAUAGUGUAUCAUGAAGCAAUAAUAUUAAUAUUCUGGAAGACGAUAUGAAUGGAGAAUGUCGAUUGAUUGUUGCUUGUAAUAUAGGCAAAGGUACAAUAAUCAGCGAGUUAUAUCAGAACUAUGUCAGAAGUCUGGAAAAAGAAAAUUGUGAUAAUAGGAGUGACAAGAAUGGAAUGCUUGUCAUUGUAUUUUUUAUUAGGAAUAUCAAUGAUGGUUUAACUUAGGAUUCUGAAUACUGUUAAUGAAUCUUAUUGAAAGUAGGUUAAGUCAGGAGAGAUAAUAAUCAUUAAUUUUUUUUCCAAAAAAAAGCCAAUUGACAUCGUCAACUUUUAGUCAUUUCCUCAAGUUAGUUUGCAGUAUUAAUCUUCCUUCUGAAAUACUCUGAAAAAAAAAUGUUUUGCUCAUUGUGAAAUCAUACUUGGUGUAAAUGUACAUAAUUUGACAUAAUUUUGAGAAGGUAAAUCAAUUUUGUCUUUUCUACAUAUCUGGUCUUCAUUGCAGAACUUCAUAGCAAUAUUCAAGUCUUAUAAUGAUUAUAAUUGAAAGUUUAUAUACAACCUUUAUUGCAAUGAAAAUGAAAUCAUGUAUUAAACAUCAGACUAUUAAAGAGAGCAAGGCUUGACAAUCAAUAGUAUCUUUACUUUUUUUUCUCAUUUUGAUAAAUUAUUUCAAGUUCAUUCUAAUUAAAUUUUCCAAUACAAUUAUGUAGUGUGAUAUUAAUUUAGUAGUCUUUCAUUAGCUUUUGUGGAUAUGACCGAUUAUUUCUUGUAAAAUGAGAUGUUCCCUUCUUCGAAAUUACCUUUGUAUUUGUAUCAAAUAAUAAUAAUAUACUUUCCAACUGAUGUACGCCUGCAGCUUUUAAUUGAUUAGAAAAUUGCAACAUCUCAUGAAAAUUAGUUUAUAAAAUGAUAGAAUCUCUGUGAUCCUUUCUGUCAUUAAAAACUUUCUAAGAUAUCAAAAUUUCAGUUUUUAAUUAACAAAUUGGUAUUUUCUUUCAAAUAACUCGCACACAAAUGAAUCUCAUAAUUUGCUAGAUCGUAAUGAAUGUAUGAUACAAGUUAGUAGUGUAAACUUAGCAAUAUUGCAUGAAUGAGCAGUUUCAUGUAUCUUGUAAGUUCAGAUGAUAUAUCAAUGCAUAAACUCUCGUUGAAUUAUUUAUUAUUGAUAUCAUUUUACUUUUCUAAAUCAGUGUUGGGCUCGUAAAUGAGAUACAUACAUUGAUGAAUUAGUUUCUGAUAAAUUAAAAUGACUGGUAUUGUUUAGGUAAACUAUGAGUUUUAUUCUUCCUAGAUAUGUAUAGUGUGCAUUAAAAUUCUCUUCCAGACAGUUUUAAUCUAA